AUGGCCGAGGAAGGAGAGCUUUCGUCCCCCGAUGAACUGGAAACAAGUAAGAUUUUGUAAUUACUGUUAAAGGGAAUAAUACAGCGAAAACUGAGUGCAGUUUUUAGUGAUUGCAGAAAAUGACGCUGUCGCGUAUGGAUUAAUUUAUUUCAUAUCACGAGUUCUUUCAGCAAUGCAAAAUUCUUUCCUUUUGCGGAUGUUUUUGUUUAUUUGUUUCCUCUUAAUCUGUUUAUGCCUUUAUUUUUUCAUUGAAAUCGUCAACAGGGCGAUCGCUGGGUGUUGAAAAGGGCAAAAUUUAAUUAGCAUAGGCAGUUGUUUUGUCAGAAAUUAACAAUCCGGUUGAUUACGUAAAUACUGUAAUGAAAAUAUUGUUCGAGUGAGGCCUUAACAGCAAUAAUUAAAGAUUCAAGUUAAAAUCCGAGCUUUCACCGAUCAAAAGAUUCCACGCGGAGUGGUAUAUACCCAUUUUCAUCAACUUUGUCAGAGAAAAAUGCAAAAAAGAAAAAUGUGAAAACCCAAAUUAUAUAUAGGAAUAAAAGCUUAAUUAACUAGACAUACUGAUAAAUCACUUUAGGGUGCAUCCAUUUGCACCAUAUGCAUACAUCCGUGCAUUUGCGUUUGUUUUAUGCUUUAAAAACACCUAUGCUGCAAAAGAAUGCAUCCUACAGCCAUUUAUUAGUAAUUCCUAUUUAGCUUUUGCCUGUUUUUUCUUUUAUUAUAUUUCCAAGACAGUGUUAUUGUAAUUAGGUGUGUUUAAAAGUAGAUUUAAAGUAAAAUGCAUGAAAGAUGUAAGAACGGGGCAAAGGAUGUUUAAAAAAUUUAAACUGUUUACUGGAGUUUAAGCCCUUCUGUUAUGAAAAAACCCCAAGCUUACAAUUAACUUAAACCAUUAAUGUCCAGUUCUUAGUCUAUUAUUCAAACUCAUCGAACACCUGUGAUACUGGUUGGUUUCUAAAUAGUACAUUUUUUCCUAUCAGUUCAUAGUUUAAGUAAGCACCUUCCAUGUGGCUACCUUUAAUUCCUUCUUUAUGAUCAUCAAAAUUAAUUCGCUGUUACAGGCUGUGAUGGUGUAGAACUCAAUGUUCUUGAUGACAUACUGGGUGAACCUGCAAAUGAUGAGUUUGCUGCAGAGCUUGAUACUGCUGUUACCAAAACAAGUGGUAAGUAAAUAGUCACUCAGGGAUGAAACCAAGAACUGGCUGCUGGCUAAUUUAUCCUGCUGAAAAAGAGCUUAUCACCAGCUCAAAGUGAAAGAAAAACAAAUAUGUGUGGGAAUUUUAGAGAUGCAGAUUAGUAAAACAGCUGGCUUGACUAGCAAAAAAGCCUGCUUAUCAUUUUCUUAGCUACUUCCCUGGGUACUCUAAGAUGAGGGAUGGGUGUUUGUAUGUCCCUGAAAUUCUAAACCUGUUGUUUCACAUAUUUGGAAAGAAAGCCUUGUCCCUAUUUGUGUGUUUCAUAGGUGUCAUUGCAGUUUAACCAUCUUUGUGUCGUUUGUCGCCAUUUCAGCUGUCUUAUCAAGGCUGUGCUCCAAAAAAAAUUGAAGGAACCCGGUGCUCUGAACCCAUGAAAUCCAGGUUGCCAAGCAUAUGGUUUCUAUAAAAAACUAAGAUUUUCUAGCUGCCCAGGAGCAAAAGUUAAGCACCAGGGGCAACCGGGUGCUGCUAGAGGAUAGUCUUGCCGAUGUUGCUAUUUCCAAGCGAUAAAGUAUUGCUUGUUAGAUGUUUACCCUAACAGUUUCUCAGUAAAAGUUAUGAUUUGCUCUACUGUGAAUUGUGUGAUAGGCUUAUUGUAAACACAAUGCAGGCAUGAACUUUGUACCAUGUCAGGGCAAACAACUGGUGGUUGCAUGGUCACCAAUUCAAUCUUCAAAUGGUGCAGGAUGACUAAAAAGGUCAAAUUUGGGUCAAAUUCUGUCUCUAACCACUUAGUGACCUUAAGUUCAAUCCUUUUGCCACAUUUGAAGAUUGCUGACUGGUUUACCUACUGCCAUUUUUGAAUUUUAACUUGUUGUGUUGAACAUAAAGAUAUUGUGUAUUAUUAUUAUCUAAAGAGACCUGUCAAGGAGAGAUUAUGAUCAAGUGUUUACAUUGAAAAAUUGAAAUUAUUUUAUUUUCUAGCACCCAGCAGAAAACGAAGGGCAAGCAGUAAGGAGGUAAAAGGUGAUGAUUCAAAGAAGAGGCAUGUUGAAAAAGAGCCCAGCCCGAAGACUCAAGUGAAAGAAAAAAGCACAGCGAGUGGACAAAGCUUGAAAAACUCAAGUACAACUCAAGGAAAAUCCAGUAGCAAGACAACAAAGGUCGCUUCUGCUGAUGUUGAUGGUGCAAAAAACGAUGCAGAACAGGAGGUUAAGCUGCAGGUUAAAGAGAAGGAAAAUCAGAAUGGGAAAGAUGUGCCUGUUGAAAGUAAAACUAAACACGAGGAAAAGGAGAAAACACCCAAUAAGGUCAAGGUUAAUAGUGGUGGCAAGGAGAAAGAGAAGGUGAAGGAUAAAGAAAGCUCAAAGAACAAACAAAAAGAUUUGAAAGCUUCUGAUGGAGAUGCCAGCAGCAAACCUACUGAAAAGGAAGUGAAGAAGAAACAAGAGCAAAGAUCUGGAAGCAGCGAGAGUAAUAAUUCUAAAGAGGUUGUGGCUAAGGACAAACAAAAUGUGAAGAAAGUUGAGAAUGCUGCCAAGAAGACUGCGAGUCCCAAGAGGAAAGAAGCUGUAAAAGUUGCAAAGAAAGAAGUUGUGAAGAAAGAGGCUGCGAAGAAAGAGGUUGCAAAGAAAGAGGUUGUGAAAAAAGAAGUUGUAAAAAAAGAGGUGAAAAAGGAAAGCAGUAAGAAGGUAGCUGAGAGCAGCAGCAAAGUUCAAAACAAAGUCACAAAAGAGAAAGGAAAAACAACACCUGCUGAGAAGAAGAAAAGUACAGCGGCAUCAACCAAGAAAGAGGUUAAGUCAGCUGAGAAAAGCACACCUAGUGAAGCCAAGUCUAGCAGAACUCCUCAAACAUCCACUACCACUAAUAAGAAAGACAAACAAUCUGAGGUGAGUUUAUUUUUCUUGAGAACUGUCAUUUGUACCAAAAGUUAUGUAUUGUAGGAAAGAUAGUCGGAUUAAUUUUUGUUCAUCUGUAUGAAUAUUAAGUCUAUCCCCUUCAAUGCUGGAAGGAUUUAUACAACUAAAAAGUUUUUUUUCAAGGCUGCUCAGUAGUUCAAGGCAACCACCAAAAUGACUUGGUUGACUUGCUCAAGCUUAUUGCCUGGAGCCUGAUUUGCAAACAUGUUUAAAGUCAAGUUAUACUCUUAGUAUUAAUGCAAUUGUAGAAUAAUUAUGUCUUAACCUUGGAGAACUUCCAAAAUCUGGGUUCCCAGCUGUUGAAUUUCCAUCUGGAUGUUGCCUGGUCUCUAGGACAUUAUUUUAAAAAGUUGUUUAAGGUUUGUUUUUCCUCUUAAAUGAGAGUAUCAAGGGCAUGCUGAUUAGCUACAGUGUACAUGAUUAUAAAAGCAGAUCUGUACAGGUUUUUUUUGUUUGUUUCAGGACAAAAAGAGUGCUGUCGAUUCGAGUGAGGAAAUCACAGAAGCUAAAGGUUAGAGAUUGUGUACUGGCCUUGGCAUCUCAGGCAUCUGAAUUGCACUCAUUAGUGACAUGUUUUAGAUUAAUUUAUUGACAAACUAGAUCAUGCAUACCCCUAUAGAUUCAAAUUGCAAGAAAAAUGGUUUAAAUUCCUAAUUUACUAUGUGGAUUGAAAGCUGAUUUUCAAGCUGAUCUGACAACAAUGACUUAAUAAAGCAAGUGCAGUUAAACCCAUCACUAACUGAUGGGUGUGGGGAAAAUGUCUGAGUAAACUGAGGGAGCUGUGAGCAAGAGUGACGGUAACCGUGACAACUCUGUGAGCGGCAACCACCAUUGUCUUGUGUUUGACCCUUUAAGCCCCAAUAUCCACAUACAAAUUCUCCAGACUGAUCUCUAUACAUUUCCUUCAAGAAUAAGUUGAGAGAAUUUGAUAAAAGAUCAAGGCAUUUUCCCUUAGGUGAUCCUUUCAUUAAUUCUCAUAACCUAAUCUCUUGACAUUGUAUGGAUAUCGUUAGGAGAAAAUUGACGUUAGACACUAUUGGAAGUUAAAGGGUUAACCUCGCCAAAAUACAUUUAGGCACAUUUAAUUAACUAAUUAUUGGUAUAAAAUAAUUUAUAAACAAUAUUAGACAAUACUUAGGCUGUAAACUGACUUUCUUUGUACCCUGGGAAAGCGAAAUGUGUGAGCUUCUUGUCCUUUUGCUAAAAUUCCAAUUUUUGUUUUAGCCCUGGACCGGAUUUGACUGUAACUUGAUUUUGCAAAACAAUUCUUUUGCUUUAUAGACUCAAAUGACCAUCUUGUUUCUUCAGCGGACGAUCAGCCUGUGGAAGAAUCCUCAUCAGAAAACAAAGCUACAUCUGCGGAGGAGACAGAGAAUGCGAGCAAGUUUGCAGCCGGUGGUAAAAAGGAGGAAGAAGAAGAGACAAUGGAGGUUAUUGAUGAUCUGGAAGAGGGUAGCGAGGGAAGUAACUUCAGUGCAGAUGAAGAGUUUAGUGAUGGGGAUGAAGUAGUUGGAUCAGCGACACCCUCCUCAUCUGCAUCGUCUAAAUCGGAAUCAGGUAAUAAUAAUAGUGCUUGUCAUAUAUUGCACAAAUUAACAUACCGUAAAAUUCCGAAAAUAAACCCCUCCAUGUAUAAGCUCCUCCAAAUAUAAGCCCCCCCAAACUCGUGACCCUCCGUGAAAUCGUGAAAUUGCCUCUCCGAAUAUAAGCCCCCCAUGGGCUUGUACUUGGAAAAUUGCCCUCAAAUACAAAGUAAAACAAAGCAAAAACGGUAAAUUUCCUUCCAACUAUAAGCUAGCCCAAUUGAUUUUGCAACACAAACUUCCCUCCAUAAAUAAGCCCCUCAAAAUUUUAUGGUAAAAAUAUGAUCAAAUGGGCAUUACACAAAUGAAAGUAGGUAUCUAGUGUAAGUAAGUAUCUAGGGCCUGAUUCCUCAAAAGAUGGUUAAGGCUACAUUCAUAUGGCAGCAGAGGAAUUUUCGACUGGGCGAAAAAUUUUAGCAGACACUUUGUUCACACUGAACUGUGCAAUUAUUUUCACUCUCUUCACAUGGAACUUACAAACCAGGUUGAAUCUUAACUUUUGUGAGAGGUUGUACCAUCUGCCCAUGCACGGAGCACUCCUUUAGCAAAUCCAGAAUGCGUACUUUCAUGCAACUGCACUUUUGCUGUUUUAUGAUGUUCACACUGUGCUGGUCAAAUUGUCAACCAUACCGGCUUAAAAUCUUUUCUUCAUUUUGGCAUUUAUAACAAAGCUAGGAGUCAGAUUAAAGCUAAUCACAAACAGUGAUGGCAUUAUUUUGAUAAAUGCAAUGCCACUUUUUUAAAGUAACUGACUUUUUCUUUUAUAGAAAAUCUGAGCGAUGCAGAAGACAAUGAGCAAGAAAAGAAAUCCAAAGUGAAGAGAAGAAAGAGGAAGGCCACAUCUCCAGCAGAAGGGACUCAGUCAAGUGAUGAAAGUGACAACUCGUCAACAGAGAGCCUUCACAUCAAAAGCAAAGUGGCUAAGGCCUCAUCCAGACAGAAAAACAAGGUUGAUGUGGAGGACUUUUUUGAAGAGGCUCGGUAUUUUGUGAUGAAGAGCAACAAUCAUGAGAAUGUUGCACUCUCGAAAGCAAAGGUAAACAUACAGCACAGUUUCUGAAAAUAUUUUUUUAAUUGUUCAUUCAAAAUAGUUGCAACUUCAAAACAUUCUUUCCUUGGUUUAUGUUAAGUUCCUGACUUGGUAACAUUUUGACCGUUUAUCAUUGGUUCCAGGAUAUGAAAGAAAGUUUACAAAUGUAUUCUAGCAGAUAACAUUCCACUUUUCAAAUUUUAAGGUGCUGCAACACCUACCAUCCAUGUCGAUGGAUGCUUUUGCCAAGUGGUUUUUGUUCAGUUUUGUUUUGAACUCUGAAAGGGUCAAUAUAAUGUACCUCUUAACACACACUCAAACUUGGUUUAAAAGAUCUUUGACCAUGGUGACAACCAAGCAUUUAACUUCCAGAUUGGACUACUGUUGUUUUGUUAGUAAAUUGUUCCCAAUCUGUGCUUUAUGAACAUGAACCCCUGCACUGUGCUGAAAAAGUGUAAUGUUUUUUUUUCAUCAGGGUGUAUGGUCAACACCUAAGGCAAACGAGAAGAAGCUUAAUGCAACAUUUAAGGUGAGUUUCUUUGUGUGAUACUUAGUUUCCCAUUGCUUUUUAACCAACAGUAUUAUCAAAAAACAGUUGCUGUCAUGAAAUUGCAACAAGUGGACAGUGCUUUUUGUUUGUUUGUUUGUUUGUUUGUUUUAUGAGCUGGUUUAGAAAUAAAUAGCACAACAAUAAAGGUCAGUUGAUAAUUAAUUUGAUAUUUGAAUACUGUUCACAAAUGGAAAUUUUAGGAAUUGAGUAUGCUUACGUGUGCCGUUAAUAAUAACUAAUGCAUACAGUUUAUUUCAGAGUGGUGGCAAAUUUUUGUGUACUUUCCUAUUGUGUUGGUGAUAAUUGACCCUCAACUGUCACAUUUCACAGUAAAAGAUCUUUUGAAUUCUGUAGAUGAAAUCAAGGCAAACAUAAAUAUAAAAUUAAAUUACAAUCGCCACCAUUUUGGAAUAAAGUGUGUUAGUCUAGACCUGAGAAAACAGUCGACAUUUCACAACACCACCACUUUUACGUCUGUGGAAAGAGUGCGGAAAUUCCACACUGGCUGAUGUGCCACGAGUACUACUCAGAUCUGGGUAUAAGCAAAUUUCCCACUUGGCUAAACCGAUUAGAAGCACUACCCAGAUCUGUUAGUGAUGCGUCAUCAUAUGCAGAGUUCGCACGCACCCUGAAAGUCCGUGAAUUUUAAAAAAAAAUUCUAGGCCUUGAAAAUCCUUGAAAAUUGCAGUUGUUGCUGGAAACUUCUUGAAUUUCGGUGCUAACUUUAUCCAACCCAGAUUCUCAAGUGCCUACAAGGAGCAAACACCUUCAGGAUAAAAUUGGUCGUGUUGUGGAGGAACUAAAAAAAGACAUAAUACUCAAGGUUCUUUUUUGCAUGGAAUGGAGACCUUGAAAAAUAUGGGAAAUGUGUCCUUGAAAGUCCUUGAAAAGUCCUUAAAUUUUCUGUUCAAAAAAGGAUAUGAACCGUGAGUAUGGAAUUUCACGGUUGUUCCUCAGACAUCUUUUCACAGUGAAAUCAGAGGCAGCAUCGCAAACUGUCAACUGUUUCCUUUGGCUAGUAUUGGUCCUUUUGGUUUUUCAAGCUACCUGUACAGUGGUCAUGUUCUAUUUCGAUCUCUUCUUUCAGAGGUACAAAAAUGUCAUCUUAAUCUUUUCUGUAAAAGAAAGUGGAAAAUUUCAAGGAUUUGCUCGUCUUGCAUCAGAAGCAAAACAUGGAGGCCCAACUAUGCCGUGGGUAUUGCCGCCAGGAAUGAGUGCUAAGGCUCUUGGAGGAGUGUUCAAACUUGAAUGGCUAAACAGGUAUCACUGAAACUUAGGCAAUUUGUGCAUGCUCAUUGGUUCUGACCUAUUGUUUAUAAUAGAAUGAAUGCAAUAGUUUACCUCCUCUAUCUUCAAACCAGCAUACUAUCUUUAUCCAGUAGAGUACAUUGUACAGUGCAGUUAUUGGUAGUAACCCUGUUACUUAAGUAAUGAAUACAUUUUUGUAGGUCCAGCCUCACUGUGGGCAUCCCGUGCCAUAAGUAGGCUGAUUGAAUUCAGCUUUUCUCAGAAUCCUCUGCUUUGAUGCCACAUGGUCUCGGUCAACUUCAAAAAACAAUAGGUUUAAUGAUCAAGACAAGAGCUCUGCACGUGCAUCACGCUUUUUAGUACAUUUCUUUGACGUCCUCUGCACGACUACGACGUGAAACCUCCUAACUGGACGUUUUAUGGAGGACGUGGACAUACGACGUCGAAUUUUCUUUCCUCUUUUUGAAUGGAAUAAGAUCCUUAAGAAUUCAACUCGAGGACGUUUUAGCGGGUCCAAAUAGACGCGAUUAAGUUUGAAAGAACUCAAAUUCCUUUUUUUAGCGACAUUUUCACUGCCGUCGUCGUCGUCGUUGCGUAAGGUCCCUAAUAACGAACUUUGGCAACGGCGACAGCUACGGCAACGAGAACAUUAAAAAAAAGACGUACUUUGCUCGUGAUCACGCUUUUUUGAACAUUUCUUUGCCGUCAAUGCACGACUACGACGUGAAAACUAUGUCUAGUUUCCCUUUUUAUGAGGGACAUGAACAACCGAAGACGAAUUUUUACUCCUCUUUCUAAGUACGGUCUCCAUCAAAUCAACUCCAGGGAAAUUCCCCUUACAUUUCACAUUUUUAGCGAAUUGGAAUAAGCGCGAUUUCAUUUUAAAAGUGACGUUUUCAAAACCGUCGCCGUCGUCGAUGAUUAGAGAGCUUUAGAUUUGAGGACGAGGACGACUGCGGGUGCGAGAUUUUACUUCAAGUUUUUUCGCGUGUUGUCGAAAAAUAUUUAACCCGGAAAGCUUCAUUGUACUAUUUGUUCUCCUGAAAAAUUAGUGCAAUUAUUUUUAUUGGAGAAGGUUUAGCCCUUUCCCGGUUGCAAAAUGAUUAAACAUCUAAAAUUUGAUAACUUGUUCCCGCCACUUCGACAUUUUCUCGCUGAAACUCGUAUUAGAAUGACGGCAGCUACCACUUUUUCCCGCCAAAAUGACGUUUGUUCACGCGCGAGCACUACUUAGUACUGAGAAAAGCUCGUACUCGUCUUAGAAUUUAAAGCUCUCUAUUACUGUACUAGUUAGUACUAAAUAAUGACACUUACCAACAGGAGAGAGCUCUGGUUUAGCAAGUGUUUACAUCUAAGGAACCCGUGGAAUGACAACAAGGAAGUGAAAAUAUGCCGAGAUGGACAGGUAACUGCUUGUGCUCUGUGGUUUGAUACUUUAAACAGACAGUUUAUUAUUAUUUACACAGUAAUCUUCAAGAGUUUUAAUAACUCCUCUAGUGGGGUUAAUUUAAAUCCUUACAGUGUUUUUUUUUUUCGGAAUUAUUUUAACUCCAAAAAGGAGUUUAAAGAACUCUUUUUCAGGAGUAAAAGUCACCCCCGAUUUGGAGUUACUAUUGUGGAGUUAAAGUAACCCCCCAAAAUGGGGUUAUCCUGUACCUAAAAUUUUUACUCCAUUUUUGGAGUUAUAAUAACUCCCUAAAAAUUACUCUAUAAUGGAAUUAAUAUUAAUAAAGCAGUACGUCUCAGACUCUUUUGCACCAAGGCAAGUAAUUUUUAUAUUUAAUAUAUCCUCGUCAAAAGAAGAAGAUGCAAAUUACUAUUUUUCUCGGAAUGUUAUGAUGAUAAGGUUUAUCUUUGUCCAGUUCCUAUGAUAUAGAUAGCAUACCAUUACGGAAAUCAAACAUAGACAAAAAGAAAGAGGUAUUCGUAAUAGUCUUUUGUUUUAGAUGUAUCUGUUGAAAAUGGCAUUAGUUAGAGUAAGCUUGAGUAAAAUUCUUUCACUUAAGUUGUACCUUAGUUCAAUUGUAUCCGUAGCUAGCCACCUUGAGAAUAUUUGUCACCCAAUGCCGGAUAUACUAGUAAUGUAGUUUAACAAGUUUAGUUGUAUAAUUGAUAAAUUCGAUCUCGUGCCAUUCAUUUGUCCACGUUGUCGGUAAAAGCGCAUUUUUUUUACUUUUUAAUUGUCUUAUUUACAGGAAGUGGAGCCGUCCGUGGGUGAGGCAUUGUGCCGCUUGUUUCCCGAAGAUGAAACUGUAGACAUCAACACCUCGCAUCACUCGUCAGAACGUCGUCACCGGAAGGAAAGAGAUCCCUCUAGGUUAGAACCAAUCAUCAUCUUUGCCUGGUGGCGGAUGCAAGUCACUUAAAAGCCCGUAUCUGACUGACUGUGCAUGAAAUACCCAUGGCAUCGCCGCACAGAGAAGUGUGGUUUUGCUUACUUUGCAAAAGGAUCACGAUGCAUCUCUGACAGAGAAUCGCGGAUUAUCUCUGUUUAUUUCCUUAGUAUCUGGAAUCACUUGGUAUAUUCCUCCCCAAAGGGAAGGUGAAAGCAACCCAGCUCUCAAGAUUUGUGUUGGAAGGUUUCCCUUUAUUCGACAUUCCCGACGGAGUUAAUUUUCUGUUCUCAUGUUAUCGUAUAUUUUGCUAUACUUUCUAGGAUGCGUGGAAACCACUCUCAAGUGGACUUAAGGCCAAUCAACUGCCUAGGACUAACAGGAAUUCGAGAAUUCCUCAAAGAACUUGCUUCUAAAAAAAGACUAUUGUAUUUGGUCUCAUAUCAAGAUCUUGUGUCGAAAAUGGACUCGCCUUCGGACCGAAAAAAAUUUACCUACAGCUCCGGUCUCUGCCAACGAAUUAAGCAGAAGGACGAACAAAAUUGCAAAUGCUCUCUAAAACUGUUUUUCAAAUUCAACGGUCAAAUUCCUUUGUUGUUCGACAAGAAAUUUCUUUUGCAGCUCAGCUUUUGCAUACCAUAACCCGAUGAUUAAUGCAAAGAAUGUUGGCAUUAAUCAUUUUUUUGCUGUUGUACCAUUUUUGCCUGCCAUCCAGGAACUUCUUCAGUUGUUAAUUUAUUUAUGGUGUAAUCCAUUCAUGCCUGACAACAAGCAAUUUAUGGGGACUCGAAUGCGGUAUAGGGAAAGCAUCAAGGGACAUAUUAGGCGUGUUACAUAACGGGUGUUAACAGGACUUGACUGGACUAAGGCUUUUUGUUAUGUGUUUCAGUUCUUUAUGCUUUUGUGUACACCUCAGUCUUCGGCAGUGCAAUUCCUGCGGUGCAAAUUGCAUUAUGUAAUUCUUAGUGCCUGUGUGAUGUCGUUUUGCUUGAGCAUAUGAUGUCAGCAGUAGCGAUGCUGGACGGUUAAGACUUGUGAAAUUUAUCCUCCUUGGGAAUUGAAAGAUUAGUGUAGAGUUUGCGGUGAGCUCAAGAACAGGACUAGAUAUCUGCAUCACCUAGGACAAUAUUAUCAUUGAUGCCAAUCUGCUCCAAAGUCAGUUACGACAGAGUUGGUCACCAAGGAAUGCAAGUGAUAUUGCAACCACAAUGCAAGGAAUGCAAGUGGUUUGUAUUGCAACCACACUGCAAGGAAUGCAAAUGGUUUGCAUUGCAACCACACUGCAAGGAAUGCAAAUGGUAUUGCUGUUUAUGGAGGUGAUAGGGCUGUGAUUCAGUUAAUUGAUUUCUAGAACGCUUUACACGUUGCUAGCUUGUGAUCACUCAUUAUCAUUUUGCAGUGUGCUUAGCUUGUCGUGAUAAAGGUACAUUUCUUUAACCCAGGGGAUAAUCACUGUGUCCAUUGCCUUGUGUGAGGAUGAGGGGGGUAAGAAUAUGUUCUAACGUGAAGAUAUUAUUGUCAUUAGGCGUCGCCCUAGACACUCUGAUGAGCUACGCAAAUCACGAAGAAAGCGAAGAGGUAAUUUUUUCUUCUUGGAUUAUGUCUUCUGUUAAGCACGUACAAAGGCGACUUGCUCUACGUUUGACGAUUUUGACCAUUGAUGGGAAGGAAAUAAUUAUUUCUGCUCUUAUGGUUUCUUGCGAAUGUUGUUCCCGCGAAUAACGAAUCGGCAAAGGUCAUGGGGAAGGCUGUUUUCUUUGGCGUACUUAUUCAUCUCGAUUGUGAUUUUCGUACUCCUUGAUGGAUCAGGAACGUCAUGACAGGAACAACUCAUCCUGCGUUAGAACCAGCUCCAAACUGUUUUAAUCGAACUUCCGUAAAACAGCUGAGGAUAUAUCAGGCUAAGCGAAAUGAUAAAAAAAAAAGUUCUGUAGGACGUGAUGAGCCAGAGUUUAAAAAGGAUUUCAAGUUAGAGGGAGUAGCCCCUGAAUUAAGGAGUGGCACUGAGAGGAAAGACACUGACGCAAAUAGCAAAGUCGUUAGUUGCACUUUGGGCGUCUUAGAAAUGGUGACAUUUAAUGGAAUUUUAAGAACAGUUGUCAUCGAUGGCAUUUAUUCCAGUGACGAGUUAAGGACUUCCUGAACUUACCUUUCCCCAGUUCCUUUUUUCUGGUUCAAGUGAGACACCAACAGAAUUCCAAGAAACGUAGAAGCAAAGGGUAUAAGCUGCCAUAGCCGAGUGUAACGUAGCGUGUAUUGUGUUUUUGUUUAUUUGUUUGUUUGUUUGUUUGUUUGUUUUUUUUUUUUGCAAUAAGCAUCACUGGCGAUUUUUUCCCUUGAGAUUCAUUUUAUUGUAAAGCGUGUUUUUCUGUUGUGGUUGUUUGGUUUCCUAACCCUUUUCAUUCUGGAGAUAUAAAGUGCUUACCAUCAACGCGCCAUUCCGUUAGGAAAACCUUGGAACAUUGGCUGUUAAAGUCGAACAUUUUUUCUACUCUUUCUGUACUGUUCAGUUGUGUUGGCUGCACUUUAUAGUGGGUUUUAAUCAAGCUUAAAUUUAUCGUUAAAUGUUAAUGCACGUGAUUUUUAACCGCAUGGUUAAUGUGUAAAUGGAAAGCAACUAAAGGCCUCCUCACAUGAGUUCGGUUGAUCGGGCUGGCCCGGUUACCGGAACCUUUUCUGAGAAAUUUUAGCCCGGUUUACGAGAUGAGGUAAGGCCGAAGAUCCUGGGAACGAAUUCUGGUGCGAAAUUCUGGAAACAAAGCAAAUAUGACGAAACACAAACUUAUAACCUUGCGCCUAUCAUACCUUUGGCAACUCUUAUAGCUGAAUGGGAUGUUUAGAAAAUACAGCGGGCAAAGCAAGACGAUGCCAUCUCGUAGCGAAAAAUUCAUGCCGCUUUCAUCACGGUAACCGGGCUGAAGUGUUCGUAUGGCCAAAUUUUCGGGUCCGCUUCCUACGUUCCGGUUAAAAAACCGAGCAAGCCCACCCUCUCAUAUGAUGUGAACACAUCAAAAUUUCGGAAUCCAGGCCUGCCCGGUCAACCGUGCUCAUGUGAAGGGGCGCUAAGUUCUAACUUUCGGGUCUGUAAAUGAAAUGCCUCACCUGUGACCAGAGGAAUAGUUUUACACAGUGUCAUUUGUUUUAAGUUGGACUUAAAGGCUAGUUUUGUUUAUGUAAGCUAACGUAACAUAACCUUGUCAUGGUGAUUGGUAUAAUGCUUCCAGCGCUGACCCUAGUUCAGUGUUCAAAAGGUGGAUCCGCUGGAUGAAUCUCUAUCGAGUGGAUAAAGCAAUUGGUUUUGCUAACGCGUAUCCACUGGACAGUGAUUUAUACAGUGGAUAGCGCUAUCCAGCGAUUGAACAACCGUGGCUACGACAUUAACCCAAACGGCGGGGUAGUUCUACGUGAUACUAGUAUUGCAUUCUCAUUGGGGUUCUUUUAAGCCAAGCACUAUUUUGACAGACUUCUCUUGGAGAGUCGUUUUUCUUACAAAGCCCACAAUGUACUAAAGGAAAACAAUACAAACAUUCCGGGAAUACUAUAAAACCAGAAUUAUAUUCAAAUUGCUUUUUAGUUUCAGGUUCAAGACAUCACCCGCGAGACCAUCGAGAUACUUCACCAAGGUACGAGGACAGGUAAGUUUUAGCGAUGCCAUUUCUCUUUUUCGAAAAAACCUUUUCCUUACUACCAUUUUUUUUGUUUAGUCGUCACUUGACUUAAUAAACCGCUUCAAUGUUAUUUUUUUCUUUGGGUCGAACACUUCUUAAGACUAUGAUCUAGUUUUUAAAUUUAUUUCUUCAUGAGUAAUUGAUUCGAGGGUAUUCAUAGUAAUAGCAGGAUGUAGAUUUUUUUGUGUGUAGAGAAAGACAAUUGAUUAGAACGAAACAGACUUUAAGAUUUUUUAUAUCUCUAACAGAGGAUACGUGAAGAUUAAAACUGUUGUUGGGAAGACUUUGAAGAUUGAUAUUUCAUUUUUGUGACUGAUAUUUCAUUUUCUUCAUUUAUAAUUGUUGCGCAUUAUUUUCAGAACAAAACCCAAUAAAGAGUACACAAAACCGCGCAGAGGAAAAAUACUGUACGUGAUGAAUACGAAGUUCUUUAAAAGUAAUUCUUGUAAAACCAACUUCCUAAACGUACUAGAGGAAGCAUAAUCCUUGAGCUUAUGAUAGGUAGUGUGUGAAAUCUUUAUUUACAUGAGAUGCUUUUUUGCUUUGUAGAUCUCGCUAUGGAGGCGUAAGACGAGAGACUCUUUUGCAUGGAGUAAGUGCUUUUCGCUCCCUAUUUUGUUUUUCGAUAUGUAAGAAAUACAACUGACGCGUUUGCGUGAAUUAUGGAUUCUUCUUGCUGAGUGCAGCUUUUGGCCAGCUUUUUGUGUCGCAUGGGUUCCAUUUCCGCUUCUUUCUCGGUCCUCCCCGAAAAGAGACUUUUACGGGAAGACAAGGUCUUAUUUUAGUGAACAGCGGCUGGUAAUCGAGCCUAGUUUCCGCAUGGGACUGGGUCAGUGUGGCGUCGAAUUGCUCUUUGAGAUUGUUUUGUGGGACGGAAUUUAGACCCAGUUUCUUGCGCAACUUUGUAUUAACCAAUUAGAAAAGCGAAAGCAUUCUUAAAACAGUCCCAUAGUACACUGCAACACAACGCCAACCCUGUCUCAAGCACAGCCUCAAACUAGCUAGUGAAACUAGUGCAUCGGCAGUGGCGGAAUCAGGUCUUAAAUUAAGUGGGGUCCCCGCUUAUCCACACUCCAAUAACAGGGAGGCCCAGCACUAAAACAAAUUUUCUCGGCCCCGCGGGCUUCAGUUUGGCCUACAAGUAAGGUAGGGACCUAGGCCCCACCGCUAGUUCUUCCACUGAUUAGUGGGUCCCAUCGUUGAUCAGUCAGGGCUUUAGGGAUGGACCAUGAGAAAAGUUAUGGGGGGUGGGUGGGGAAUUUUCCAGCCGCAUGAUUCGUUAAUGUUUCCCUUCUAUGAUUUAUUUAGGCUAGUGCAGGAAUAUUUUUUAGGGUUUCUUGACGUGCGUGACUUGUUUCUUCAUAAAAUUUUCCCUUGCAUAAAGAUUUUAUUGUCCUUCGCCCGCUCCCCCGCCCACCCAUACGAUUUCUAAUGGUCCGUCCCUUAUGACAGGUACUUGACAAAGACCGAUUAAAGAGCUCCGAUAUAAGUAAUUUUAUUGUCAAAACUAACACUCCUUUCUUUUCUCAGUCCUAUUCAGAUUAUAUGCGGGAGUACCAACGCUCACGACAUUCCUCGUCUCUUCAUUCGAUAAGAGUAAGAUUUUUUUUAUUUAUAUAUUUUGUUGAUCUUUAUUUUUAUGGGUGAGCGGAAGGUCCGUUUUUCCUAUGGAAACUUCCCACUGGAACGACCCAGACCAUUCGGGCGCUUUUUAUUUACGUGGGCAAACCGGUCGGUUCACGGACUGACUUUUUGGGCGAAUGGAAAGCACAGUUCCGGACUAUAGAUUUUGUCCCGGAAACGUGUUUACCAUUUGCACAAAUGAGUUCCUUUGACCGGAAAACGGCGGCGAAGGCCUGAAACUGUUAUCAAAGGUGGGUUGAAGAAAUGGAACUCGCUUUCUGUUGGGAACUUUCCGUCCGGAAAGCACGGGACUACCUUUUCUUAUGUUCCGUUGCUCCCCUGAAAUUUUCCACUGGAUCGACACGAAAAUUCGUGUUCAUUUACAUCCCGACCGGAAUUCCGGGAACCUGUUGGUACAAAACGAAUGUUGAUGGAAAGCGCCCGUCACGUUGCGUUUACUUUCCAACCGGAUUUUAGAGGCUUUUUGUAAAAUUGUAAACAACCCGUGUUGGUCUUUACUCUAUGAAUUGAUCGUUAAACCCGUAACUGUUGUUUUCUUUCUUCUAGUCGCACUUUCCUUCUCGAACGGUUGAUCUGCCGUCUUAUUAUCCCAUCCACAUGGGCCAUGGUGGCUCUCGUAGUGGAAGUAGCUACCACAGAACUGUAAGUACUUUGUCUCUUUCGCCAGAACAGAUGCAUUUUCUGUGCAUCCGGGUGACGUUUUUGGGUGCAUGUAAAUGCUUAUAGUUACUACAUGCCACAGAAAUGAGGGUGAAACAAGUAUUUUCCGAAAAAAACAAAACCAAAAAAGGCCCUCUGCGUAUUGGGCACUACAUUACGAGCAGUCUUUCUUUUUAAUCCGUCGAACGAAGGGUGUGAGACACGAAAAUGACCACUCGCAAGACUAAUGGCAUGAGACGGGAGAGGCUGCCUUCCUCGUUUCUCGCGUCUCGCCGCUUCGCCGUUCGACGCUUGCGCGCGCGUGUACUCUCCUCACUAAAUCUGAAGAAAAAGAGAGGCUGCUCGCAGUCUGAUUUCGCGUCUAACGAUACAAAAUGAAUAUUUAGAUGUAGCUAUCGUCAGAUAAACGAUUAUCGUAACAAAGCAGCUCAUUUUAAACCCAAAGUUUUUGAAAGACGUUCUUGCAAUAUUAUGCGACCAAACUUCCUCUCUUAACUUAAAUAAAUUGCCGUCAUUUAACCUCGGUAGUAUUUAUAGCACUAAUGCUAGUGGGGCGGAGCAAAUGCCUGAAACAAAUAACUUGAAUAAUAAUAUAAAUAUUAAUAGUAAUAAUGACAGGGGUGCCAACUUUCCUCACUCGCAGCCAAUGACUGCAUUGCUGGGGAACCAGAGAGGUGAGAUCGGACAUCAGCCAAUGCGUGUAAAGGCGCACUAUGCUGCCGCUCAGUCCAUGUUUGAUCUCACCUCGCCCACCCAGACCAAAGAAAGCACAAAUCAGAUAGACGAUGACACCAGGGCUUACUGUCCCCUAGUCUUUUUGAACGGGUUAAUAAUAAUAAAUCAAACAUAACCUUUUAUUUUUCUGUUUCGUUGUUAUCUUUUAGGUUGAUCCAUACGCCGCAGCUUGUGACGAGUUUCUGAGGAGAACCCAGUCAGACCGGAGUGGCGGCCGUUACCGCAGUGGCCGACGGAGGUAGCAACAGAUACCUUCAACAAGAAUAUUUACUCGUGAAAGAAUCGUCUUGUAAUAUAUUUUGAGCAGCUCAAUGCUGUCCCAUUGAAUUCGGAUUGGAAUUUUUAAGUUUCUACGCAAGGCCUGUACAAUUGCUUCAGACUAAAUAAUUUGUAAUAAUUUUUAGUGGUACAGACAGUUGAGAAAUUUUCCUGUCUGAUUAAACAUUCGCUAAGAUCAAGCGUUCGAAACGUGUAUCUUCUUUUUUCUUUUCAAACUGUUAGUAAUAAAAAUGAAGAGCUAUGCGGAUGUGCAUAGUUAUCAGUAGAUUAAAAGUAAUGUGCGUU